ACGCUAGAAACAUAUGGAAUCUACAAUAGUUCAAAUCAAAUUCGAAUACGAAGCGACAAUCCUAAUUUGAGAGAGAAAAAUUCAUUUAUUUCACACAAUGUCCGAGGAGAAGGAAGUUGAGGAGAGGGAGGUCGAGGAGACGGAGGACUUCCAUGACAUGGACUUCAAUGACAAGGAGCCAUCCUGUAGUGGAGCAGCUGGCCCAGCCAGGACGGAGCGCUUUGUGGUAAAGAAGUGGGUGGCACGCGCCAUUUGGGCAUGGGACGUAGCGGUGGACAACUGUGCCAUCUGCCGUAACCACAUCAUGAACCUGUGCAUCGAGUGCCAGGCGGAUCCGAAUGCAAGCCAGGACGAUUGCACCGUGGCUUGGGGCGAGUGCAACCACGCUUUCCAUCAUCACUGCAUCGCGCGCUGGCUGAAGACGCGCCUGGUCUGUCCGCUGGACAACAAGGAGUGGGUGUACCAGAAGUACGGCCACUAACGAGGGAUAUGGACAUGAACCGGGGAUCGGUGGUGGUGACAUCUGUUUGCUGGCAUGUGUUCAAUGUAAUUUAAAUUAGAGUUGACUUGGAUU